AUGUCCUCGUUCGGCAGACUCAAACACAGAUUCAUACCACCCAGACUCUUUACAUUCUGCAAAUAUACCAUCUUAACAGGCCUAACCGGCACCACAACCUGGCAACUAUGGUCCCGACACUGCUAUUUCGAGCCCUUCGGUCCUGGAAAUGAUCCUUUGUUUCAGAGCAAGUAUUUCCAGAGAUUCAAUCCCAAGCAAAACCCCUCCUUAGAUGAUUCUUGCGUACGGAAGGUCCCUCUAUCGGAGGUAAAAGCCGAACUAGUUGAGGACUAUCUCAAUGGUGGCUCCAAGCUUUUGGAAAGAUUUUGUGGGGGUGUUUGGGGUGGAUAUGGCUACGCAAUCCAACGGAGGAUUCUUACGUUGCUAUGCAAGGAUAAAACCAAUGAUUCCAUGCUGUGGAGUAAGGAGCAGUUGCUUCAUAGCUCUUAUGAUGAAGGGACCAUCGUAACAGACCAUUUCAUCGUUCUGGAGAAGACCCCCAGGUCUAUCGUCAUGCGGGGUGGAAUGUCCCCGAUGGAGGAGCAAGAUAAACUCCGUGAGAUGGAUAAUAUUUCGGAAAUAACCGUUGAUAUCGACACAAAGAAUCGGGUGGCUGAAUUCCGACUAAAGAAUAUCUUCUUCAAUAGUGUCGAGCACACUACUGAGGCACUGUUUCCACCUCCUGUGGUAUGGCUUCAUUUUCAGUAUUGUAAGCUGCUCGUCGAGGCUGGGGUUAGUCAUUGUGUGGGAUAG